CGAGCCAUGGCCUUGCUAUGGGCCUGUACCUUGAUCCUGGUAGCAGCUGGUGUUGUUGCAGAUAACAAUAUUGGUGUCAACUGGGGUAUGAUGUCGACGCACCCAUUGCAUCCUAGCAUUGUGGUUCGUCUGCUCAAAGAUAAUGGCAUGAAAAAAGUUAAGCUUUUCGAUUCAGAUUCUUGGACGGUAGGCUACUUGUCUGGCACUGACAUUGAGGUCAUGGUCGGGAUUCCUAAUGAUCAGCUAGAAACAUUGGCUCACCACCGUGCUGCAAAGGAUUGGGUCAAAGAAAACCUCAUCCGACAUCUUCAUGAUGGGGGUGUCAACAUCAAGUACGUGUCUGUUGGGAAUGAGCCAUUCUUGCGUACCUACGAUGGGUCAUUUACCAACCAAACGUUCCCAGCAUUGAAAAACAUUCAGAAUGCCCUAAACCAUGCAGGUGUCGGAGACAAAAUCAAAGCAACAAUACCUUUUAAUGCUGAUGUUUUUCAAUCGGGUUCAAACAAACCAUCCGGUGGAGUCUUUCGGGAUGAUAUAAAGGAUCUCAUGACCCAAAUUGUGCAUUAUUACAAGGAUAAUGGAAUCCCAUUUGUCGUCAACAUAUAUCCUUUCCUUAGUCUCCACCUAAAUAGUGAUUUCCCUCAAAAUUUUGCAUUCUUUGAUGGAGGCCACUCCAUUGAUGACAAAAAUGUUCAGUAUAACAACGUUUUUGACGCAAACUAUGACACUCUUGUUUGGGCAUUGAAGAAGGCCGGGGUCCCUGAUUUGAAGAUCAUUGUUGGGGAAGUUGGAUGGCCAACAGAUGGCAACAAAUAUGCAAAUAGGGAUAAUGCUAAGAAGUUUUAUGAUGGUCUCUUCAAAAAAUUAGCUAGUAAUAAGGGAACCCCACUUCGUCCUGGGAAAAUGGAAGUCUAUAUAUUCGGUUUGUUUGAUGAAGACAAGAAGAGUAUUGAACCAGGGAAUUUCGAGAGGCAUUGGGGAAUUUUUGAGUUUGAUGGGAAGCCCAAAUUUCCAAUGGACUUUUCUGGCAAGGGAAAUGACAAGGCAUUAGUGGCUGCGAAAGGGGUACAAUACUUGCCUAAGCAAUGGUGCGUUUAUAACAAAGAUGCCUCGGACCUGGAAGCGUUGGCUAGACAGAUGAGUUGGGCUUGCAGCCACUCGGAUUGCACAUGCUUGCAGGAGGGUUCAUCUUGUUUCACUCUGGAAAAUAAGCGUAGGAUCUCCUAUGCUUUUAACAUUUACUACCAAACCAAUGACCAAGAUGUUGAAGCCUGUAAUUUCGAGGGUUUAGCCAAGGUUGUAAAGGAGGAUCCAUCAACAAACACUUGCAAAUUCCCAAUUCAGAUAGUGAGUGCUGGAGAGAGAAGGCUAAGUUUUGCCUAUGGAGCAAUUGCUGCCUUUCUUUCAGUAGUGAGCUUGUUCACAUGGCUACUGUAAGAUUAAGAAUCAGAUUA